AUGCGCUCAGCACGUGAGGUGCCCGGACCCGGUCUCAAGGUCAAGAGGGGAGGUCAGGGACAGGGCCCGGAUGUUGUCCGGAUCCUGCACAUCAGUGACACGCACAGCCUCCACCGAAGUACCGGGAAUAUGCCGGAUGCUGACAUUCUGAUCCAUUCCGGUGAUGUGGCCAAGGUGGGCUCCGAGGGCGAGCUGGGUGAUUUCAACCACUGGCUUGGCGGCCUCAAGGGCAAAUACAAGCACAUCCUCGUCAUCUCUGGCAACCACGACUUUUGGGACACCAAUUGGAGGUUGAACCGUGGACACAUCUCCAACGAGGUUGCUCAGGACCCAGCCUACUUCCAGUAUAAGCUCACGAAUGCGCGAGUCCUCAACCACGAUCUUGCCGAGGUCAUGGGCCUCAAGAUCUGGGGCGCCGGCUGGCAUCCCCGGAGGGGAGAUUCCCGGUCUGGCAACAACUAUGCGGACAUGCCCGCAGGCGUUGACAUUGUCGUGACGCACGAGGCCCCAUAUGGCAUCUUCGACCUGACUGGUGGUGGCCAUUGGGGCUCCAGCGGACAGCUGCUUGAUGCCAUCUACCGCACCAAGCCCAAGGUGCAUUUGUUUGGACACAUUCACGAGCAGCGCGGGCACUGGGACAAGGCGGGAAGCCGGUACUUCGGCGGUGUGGAGUACCGCCCCAACCCGCAUUCAGGACAAGUCUUUCGCCCCAACGGCCCUCCUCCGGCCAACUACCCCGUGGAGGUGGAGUCCAACAACGCCAUGGCCAAUCAGCCAUCGGUGGACCACAGCUGGACGGGCGUGUGGGCCCCUCAGCACCUGGUGGGCCGCCCCAGGGUCAUCAUCGCCAGGAAGCAGCCGGAUGGAUGGCACUUUGCUUCCGAGGCCCGCUACAUUGGGCCUGAACGUCGUGGGAUACUUGGGAUUAAAGAGCUCUUUGGAGUUGAAGCUGUCGAUGAGUCAGACUUAGGACUCGCUAGCAAGUAUUUGGGCAGGUGCGAUUCUGACACUGGGGGGAUAUGGCUCUUGUUGGACGCGUGUCAGAACUGA